AUGUCUGACAGAGUCCAAGCUGUAACGGAUGGUUUCCGGAAAACCAAGAAUCCUACCACUAGUCCUGAUGUUCUCGCGCCAAGAGACUCCGCUUCUACUACUAGCCUCCCUACUACCCGUACCCCGGCCACGGCCAAUCCCGUAGAGGUGCCCACCCCGACUCUCCACCACCCAGCCCCUUCCAUCCCUUGUGAUGCGGCGGCAAAGAAGAGUAAAACCCACAAGUCCCAGGGGAAAGACGCGCCUCCUGCCGACACUACCCCAAACCCAUCAAAGGCAACGGGAAUUAGUGGAGGCACAAACUUAUCCAAGAGAUAUGAGGCCAACGACACCAACGACGAAAGUACAGAGCCCGGGAUAGAGGUUUUAGAACCUACCCCCAAGGAUUCUUCGAAAGGCAAGGCCGCUCUCACGGCUACAACCCUUAAGAGUACUGCCUGGAACGACGAUACCAUUGCUACCCUGGUCGAAAAGGACUUAGCCGCGGAGAAGGCUGGCGACAACAAAGCUUCAGACCUCUAUUUUGCGAUGUUCAAAUCCCUGAUGUCGGCGAGACCUCCGUCGCAAGCGACCUUAAACCCUGUGCCCGCCUCAGCCGAAGACCUUAGCAACUACGAACUUACCGGCGGUGUUUACCAUUGCAACCCAUGUCCACGGGCCACCGGAGCGAAGAACUGGCGCAGGCAUUGCCAGUCAAAAACACACCAAGAUAAUAUCAAAAAAAGGGACGACCUGCAGAUAGCAAAUCGCACCAAAGCUGAGCCCUUGCCAAGACCCAUGCCUCAAAUUGACCUGCCUCAAACUGACCACGCUGAGGAUGAUGCCCAUGAAAUGCACUUUUGGGAGCGCCUCGAGAGAUUGCAAGUACUGGAUGCUGCUCUUACAUCUGGUGAGGAUGACAGUCGCCGACUUGCUGAUCACGUGGAGCAUGUCGAGGCCAGAGGCCUCCAAGAAGAUCCCAGCUCCGCUAUUCCCGCUAGCCAACCACCCGACUGGAUCCGCUUGAAGAAUACCGAAGUGGCCGCCAUCCGCGCCAACAAGGAUAAUGAGCCGCCUGAGGAACCGGGGGCCGAAUCAAGCACGGCCAAAACAAGACCUAUUCUGAGGACUGAUACCAGAUCAGAUCGGGUGAACACUAGUGAAUGGUACCCAUUCAGGAACAAGGAGGACUCUUUACGACAAGAUAAAAGGAAUCCUGCGCCUCUGCAACAUCAAACUACCGGAUUGGGGUACUGUUCGACUGUCCCGAGCAAGAAUUAG